CAACCGCCUUUCCAACAGGGUGAGGCCCCAGGUGCUGGUGGGCAAGCUGGGCGGCUGCGCCGCUUCCCACUGGUGAGCAGAAGACCCCGCCCCAGCUGCCGUUGGCUGCCCUCUCCAAUGAGGCCCAGCCAGUCCCUGCUCCCCACUGUGGGGACACUGUUCUGGCCCACUACUGCACCCCACCUGAGAGUUCUUGGGGCCCAGCGAGUUGUGCUGGGCCAGCAAAGUCCAAACUCAGGUCACCUUGCCUCCCACUCCUCCAGCAGCCCCAGCAUUGUGCUGCAAAAGCAAUUAUCUGGAUCAUCUUUAUGGGGCUUAAGCCUGGGUGGGAGCAGAUGGGGCAUGAGCUGGGGAUUUGGGGCCGGGUAUCCACUCCCCCCACAUCCCAGUCUUUUAAAAAGCCUUCUCUGGCACGGGGCCGGGGCAGAGGCCAGCAGAGAACUGGACGGGGCCCAGGGGAGGGGAGCAGGGACAAUGAUGGACCAGGAAGAGAAAGAGGAUGGGGGUUUGGCCCCCUGUGUCAAGGUAAGCAAGGCCUGCCCCCCCCCACCCCCAACUCAAGGGCCCCUGAAUGACAAGACUAAUUAGUUUGUAGGGCACCUAAUUAGCGAGCGAGUCUCCUGGGACCCCUGACCCAGUUGUUGCCCAAGGAGGUGCUGGUGGGCAGGAGGGUCCGAGGGCCUGAGCGUACGCCAAGGCAGAGGUCAGGGCUCUCAGAACUGACCCUUGUGAGGUGGGGGAUGAUGGGAUUUAGGGGCGGCCCCUGGACUGUUUCCCUGGCUUGUGUCCCAGCCCCCAGGCCACCCUCCAGUCAGGCCCCAAUCUAGGACGGCGGGAUGUUAGCCCAGCAGCUCUCCCUUGAGGCAGCACCACGUGAAAUGGCACUGCUGGCCGGGCCCCUGGGGUGGGGGCCGAGACUGAGGAGACUCAUGUCUCAUUCGGAGAAGCUCUGCCAAGCAGCACGGCAGCGGGGACUAUGGCGGGCUCCCCAGACCAGGAGGGCUUCUUCAAUCUUCUGAGCCACGUGCAGGGUGACCGGAUGGAGGAACAGCGCUGCUCGCUGCAGGCAGGGCCAAGCCAGACCUCCGAGAGCCAGAGCGGCCCCCCACCUGAGAUGGACAGUCUCAUGGACAUGCUAGCCAGUACCCAGGGCCGUCGUAUGGAUGACCAGCGCGUGACAGUCAGCGCCCUGCCUGGUUUCCAGCCCGUGGGCCCCAAGGACGGAGUGCAGAAACGAGCGGGGACCCUCAGCCCCCAGCCCCUCCUCACCCCUCAGGACCCGUCUGCUCUCAGCUUCCGUCGGAACAGCAGCCCCCAACCCCAGACACAAGCCCCCUGAGGGCCUGAAUCGUCCUGGGCCCCACUCGGCCCCCGAAAGCAGACAAUAAAACACUUCCAUGGACAACGAGGAA